AUGGAUCCCCGUGCCGAACGCAAGCAAAAGAAAAAGAAGAAGUCGGGUGUCCGCACCAAGUUCAUGAUUGAAUCCCUGCGCAAGGACUACUACGCUCUGCGAGAUGAGAAUGACCGCCUGCGGGAAAUUGUCCAAAACAACCUUCCCAAGGACGUGGCCGAUGGAAUUUUGGCGGAUUGCUUUGAUUUGACAUCACCUUCUGCCAAGAUCACCAGCGUCGAUGAUAUUGAUGCCAAGAUGCAGGGAAUGGGAAUUGAUGAGGGUGAUGAAGAUGAAGAUUAG